CCGUAUAUAAGACCCACCGAAAUAGUCAGCCCAUGGUGGAGACACUCGCAAAAUUCAAGAAGGACGUAAAGCGAACCGACACCGGGUUCCUGGCGAUAGCAACAAAGGUGGAAAACGACGGGAAGAAAACCUCGGAACCUCCACAAAAAAUCAAGGAAUUACUUAAGGAGUUCCAAGACAUUCUUCCCGACGACCUUCCGAACGAGCUGCCGCCCUACCGAACGCACCAACACGAGAUCGUGGAAGAACCAGGUUCGAAGCUGGCCUUCCGAGCACCAUAUCGGCUCAGCCACAUAGAGCUAGCCGACAUGAAGAAACAGAUCGAGUAUCUCCUUGCAAAAGGACUCAUCCGACCAUCCACUUCGCCAUACUGUGCCCCCGUACUCUUCACACCGAAACCGGACGGAAGCCUGCGCAUGUGCAUCGAUUACCGAGCUCUCAACAAGCAGACCAUCAAGAACAAAUACCCAAUCCCACGAAUCGAUGACCUGCUUGACCUGCUUAGGGGAGCCACGGUAUUUUCCAAUCUGGAUCUGCGGUCCGGUUAUUGGCAGAUACGAAUGGCGGACAAUUCCAUCCACAAAACUGCCUUCCGAACUCGAUACGGGUCUGACGAGUAUCUGGUAAUGCCAUUCGGACUCACCAACGCACCAGAAACGUUCCAAGCCGAAAUGAACCAUAUUCUAUGCCCACUCUUGGACGAAUGCGUGGUGGUGUACCUGGACGACAUUCUCAUCUACUCGCGCCACAUGCAGCAGCACGUCCAACACCUACGACGCGUCUUCGACAUUCUCCGACGAGAACGAUUUUACGACAAGUUAUCCAAGAGCGAAUUUGCCCUCGAGAAAGUCCAAUUCCUAGGACACAUGGUGAGCACUCGAGGAGUUCACAUCGACCCCAAGAAAACCGAAGCCGUACGUACGUGGAAGACACCCAAGAACAUGGAGGAGUUGCAGCAGUUCCUAGGCUUCGCUAACUACUACAACAUGUUCGUGCCACAAUACGCAAAAAUCGCAACACCAAAACAUCACGAAUCUGUUGAAGAAGAAAACGCCCUAUAAGUGGGAACUUAAACAUCAGGA